UCCGAGUCGGUUUGCUAUUAAAUUAAAACUUCUUUUAUCGAAAUGCACCUCCUUAAGUUCUGCUUUGUAUUAUUAUGUUUAAAUAUAUAUGCCAUAGAGUCAUUUAAUUUGGCACCAAAACCAAAUCUUAUAAUCAAGGAACCGUUAAACCAAGCGCCAGGAAACGGUAGCCAAAAACCGGUUAGUUCCUACUUCGGCUACACGAUUUUGCUACGUGACAAGAGCAUAAUAAUCGGCGCACCACAAGCAAAUAAUGGAUCGAUUCAAACCGGUGCGAUUUACAAAUACGAUUUUGCGACCAAACAAGUGAAACCGCUUAAAUUGGAAAAUGUUGCGGAGUUUACGAAUUUCAAUAAUCUGCGACCAAAUACGGAGAAUCAGUGGUUAGGUGCGUCUAUGGAUGGCGGCAGCAAAGAUGAGGAGCCGCUGAUUGUAUGCGCUCCGCUAAAAACUGCCACUUUGGGCAAUAGCGAAGUGUACAUGCACGGCAUUUGCUAUUGGACUAACAACACAAUGGACGAUGAUUCACAAGAUCGAGUCUGGCAAAUAUUAAGUCCAUUUUCCGCUAAAGGUAAACAGGAUGAACAGAAUGUCAAAGAUGAAAAGGGUAAUCCAAAAUACAGCAAUCUGAGAUUUGGUGAAUUCGGUUUCAGCGUCCAAUUAACGCUGAAGAAUGAUGAAGUUAUAUCCGGAUCACCAGGCGUCCAGAAUUGGGCAGGAAAGGUAAUACACUACAAUAUGAAUACCCAAAAACCCAGAGCGACAAAACACGCACCAAAAAUGUCAUCAUAUAAAGGAUAUGCCGUGGGAUGUGGGCACUUCAAUGUCAGCAAUAAGGAGCAGUUGUCAUACGUGGCUACUAUACCAAAUGCGAACAGUGAAACGAAAUUGGGUGCGGUACAAAUUUACACUGCAUCGUCGAGUUGGAAUAAACCAUUUCCGCCCCAACCAGAGUUGACCGGCGCACAAUAUGGCGAGUACUUUGGAUAUUCCCUACUGGUGGAUGACCUUAAUGGUGACGAGCUCGAUGAUGUGCUCAUUGGUGCACCACAUCACACAGUUGACAGUGUUUUCGAAGCGGGUGCAGUCUAUAUGUUUAUAAAUCUUGGACGGAGAAAACAGCUGAGUUUCAAGCAAACAUUGUUGGAGUCACCGUUUUCGAGAAGUGGACACUUUGGAACUUCAUUGGGUAAACUGGGAGACGUAAAUGGUGAUGGUUAUAACGACAUAGCUAUUGGCGCUCCGUUCGCUGGUAAUAAUGGCAAUGGGGCGGUUGCCAUCUACUUUGGCGGUCCGAACGGUCUCGACGUCCAACCACGACAAAUAUUGAAGGUGAGCGAGCAAUUAGUCGGCAGCGGUGCCAUGUUCGGUCACGGUCUCUCUAGAGGUGGUGCUAACAAUACGAAUGACUAUAAACUGGCUGUCGGCGCACCAAAUGCGGAUGUGGUGUUUGUUUAUCGCGCGUAUCCGGUAGUGAAGAUUAAUGCGACAAUACUGCCAAAGAAUUUAAUAAUUCCCACAAAUACAACAAGCUUAAAAUUCGAUAUAUGUAUUAAUAUCCAAAGUAAUUCGACGAAGAUUCUAACACAAGAACUGCUACUCGAUUUGAGUGUCGGUGCUGAGGAGAAGCGUAUAAAUGUGAGGCAUUGCAUUGGCAAGGAGCCCUUCAUGGCGGGUUUAACGCCGCAAUGUCUGUCAUGUAAUGCCACGCUCAUAUCCGAUGACCGUUAUAUAUUUAUACCGAUAAUUAUGGAGCUGACUUACCGCUUAAAAAAUGAUGGCAAGACACAGGAGGACUCGGAAUUUUGCAGUGAUUGCGCGGUCGUAGAUCCCGCGUGGCCAAGCAUGGUGAAAGCUCAAAUCCAAUAUCUACAUAAUUGCAAGGGUUCGGUUUGUUCCGUCGAUCUUUGGUUUGGAGGUGUCGAAAUACCUAAGAAUGUAACAUUAGGCAGCGGCAGCGUAUUACCUCUCAAAUAUAUUAUAACUAACAAUGGCGAGGAAGCCUACAAUACCCUUCUCAUCAUAAAAUCCUCCUUAAACGUGCCCAUCGCAAAAAUGCCUGCCGAAUGUGUUGGAGAAUUCGAGUUUAGUUGGCGUGUGGUGUGCAGCAUUGCGAAGCGACGGGCCUUCAAAGGUAGCACGGAACUAGAGCUCAGCCUUGAUCUUAGUAAUGUGGUCGGUGCUACUGAAGUGGAUAUAAACGCAAUUGUUCACAGUACGGGAAAUGAAGUGAGUCCAAAGGAUAACAAAUCGUCUGACAAGGUAAAACUUACCACAACAGCUGAGAUUUGGAUAACAGAGACUUCAACGAACAAAAUUUUUGCUGGAACCGAUGGGAAAGAAAAUAUCGCGGUUUCAACGGCUUUUGAGAUACAAAAUAUCGGUCCCAGUCCGCUUAGUUCCUUUCACUUAAUUGUUGAUUUUCCUAUUGGAUUCAGCGGCGGCCAAUAUAUCAGCAACUACUCAGCGCAAGCUUAUUUCAAGGACCAUGAGUAUUCUAGUUUAGAAUUCAACAAAUCUGCACCAGCGUCGCCACCAAUAUUGAACACUACCGAGAUAUUAUACUUGAAUCAUUUACCCGAAAAUCACACGACUUUUGUCAGUUGCCAAUCGACCGAAAACUCCGAAAUGUCGUGCGCCUUGAGUGAUUUGCUGCUGACGAAUGCCUUGUUCCCUGGCGAGAAUAUCACAUUGUUAUUGAACUAUGAAAUGAACUGGAAAAAGGCUGAGAAACUGCUGCCAAGCAAUAGUCAAUAUUUGGCCCAUGUUGCAAUGGUGAAUUUUAGGACAGAUAUACCCCUAAAUGGUAACUUAAGUAUUAAAAAGCAUUUCAAAGGCGCCAUAUUUGUGAAGAUCGCUAAACGUAAUCUAUUCUGGAUAUAUUUGGGCGCCAUAAUUGGUGGUAUACUUUUGCUUAUUGGAAUGAUAUUGCUGCUAAGAAAGCUGGGCUUCUUCAAACGAUUGACAAAGGAGGAAAUGGAGAAGAAUUUGAUUGAAAAGCGUGAAAAGGCGCGCAUGAAGGAGGAUCUCGAUGUGUGUGUGGCCGAAAUAGAGGAUGAUUUAACCAGUUCUUAGUGGUUUUCAUGCAGUGCAAAGAUUAUUAAAAUAUUAAAUAUUAUUAAGUCAAUUGUUGAUCAUAUAUGAAGAUACACAUUUAUUCAGGGUUUUUUGUUAAAUAUAAGAGUAUUAAAUUCUCCAGAACUAAAAUAUA